UUCGUACAAACCAAUUGUUCAUUUUCCACUGACAGUAAAUUCAACGAAAACAACAAAGAACCCCACAAUUUCGAUGUAUAAUUGACUGAAAGCCUGAGGCUGGUGUUCAAGAUGGGGCAAGGAAACAGCCAGUUCACCGAAAUGGAGUUAGAGGAAUAUCAGGAUCUGACAUAUUUCACCAAAAAGGAGAUAUUAUAUGCCCAUAAACGCUUCAAGCAAUUGGCCCCAGAGAAGGUAGGACACAACCGUAAUGCAAAGCUACCCAUGGACAAGCUCCUGACACUCCCAGAACUUCAGGCCAAUCCCUUCGGAGAACGGAUGUGCCUCAUCUUCUCAUCGACAAAGGAUGGUGACUGCACAUUUGAAGAUUUCCUAGAUAUGAUGUCUGUGUUUAGUGAAGCUGCUCCGAAGUCGGUGAAAGCAGAAUAUGCAUUCCGCAUUUUUGAUUUUGAUGGGGAUGACUAUCUUGGCAGAAGAGAUUUAGAAAAAACAAUCAACAAGCUUGUAGCUCCCCAGCAGUUCAAGCCUGAAGACAUGGAGGCAUUGGUUACAAGGGUUUUAGAAGAAGCUGAUUUGGAUGACGAUGGCAUGCUUGCUUUUGCAGAGUUUGAGCAUGUCAUAUCCAAGUCUGCAGAUUUUGCUAAUUGCUUCCGGAUCCGGCUGUAAAUUUUCAAAUGAUAAUGCACCAGUCAGCCAUGUUUAUGGUAUGCUCUUCCAUACAAUUGCACAAUCUUCCCAUCAUUGCCAUAGUGAAAUGACUAUACAUCUGAUUUAUAAUCACAGAUAACCUACUCAUAGUUUAAUACUCAGGUAGUGCCCUCAUAUUUCUGAAAUAGAACGAGAAGGUAUCACGAAAUAAGGUUUGCUUACCACAGUGACCUUAAACCUGAUAACUCCAGGUGUGUGUGGAGAGUGAAUGACCAAUUGCCUGCCUGUCAUGUUCCUUGCUCAGGUAUUGUUCUCAGCCAUAUUCCAUGCCAUAUAAUGAUCUACAUUACCAUUAGCAUUAUGUACGUACUCCAAAAGAAAUUUUGGUGGCCUUUGUGUAAUGCAUGAUUUUACUGUUUUACCGACAGCAUCUGAGAUCUUUACUGGCCAUUUGUGUGGAUUCACAUGUGGAAAGGUAUGAAUGAAAAGGAGAAUGCAAUUCAUGAUUAAUAUGAAAUACUUAUGAUAAUUUACAUAUUUUGUGACCAACAGAUGAUACUAUAAGCUACCAAGUUGUAAUCAUGUUGGUGUCAACAGGAACUAUUAACUAGAGUAUACUAUUAGCAUUACUAUUCAUUAAAAGAUAUUUAUUAGCUACUAAAGAUUGUAUUUUGACCAUCCUAAAGAUGUUCAAAAACUGUUUAAAUUUUGCUUUUGUUAUUUCUAUUUUGAAUUUUCAGUUGGAAAGAUGUCUUUGUUAAUAAAAGCAUUUAUAAUCCUUUGAAUAAGUGCACUAAAGUAUGUAAAGGAUUUUUUUUUCUAGUUACUGAUUGUCUUUUAUACUCAGACCAUGUAAAUUAUUUAUUUAUUAUUUUUUUUAUUUCCUUUACCAUUUUUAGUUAAUGCAAAACCAAGACAAGGAAUGAUUUCCAUUUGGUUAAAUUCACUGUAGUCACCGACUACAAUGGAAACUGUGCUAUCAUAUUAUUGUGGUUGGUUACGCUGUUAGCAAACUGGGUGUUGUGAAUGUUUUUGAGGAUUUCAGCAAGGUGAAGCAAGCCAAACCAAAUCAUAGCUUGCUUGUAUUUUUGUCAGAAGUGCACCUUAUGUCUUGCCACCUGGAGUUAUUGGGUUAAGUCAAGUAGGCAUCCUUUGUUAAUCUUCGUUGUUAUUAAGCAGUUUUCCUUGAACUUGAAUUUUUUUAUGUGGUCAGAACCUGACUCUUACAAUGUGGUAUAUGGAAUCUCAUUAGACUUAUCACUAUUUACAUGAGUUGGAAUAUUUAUGGGAACCUUAAUGUGUACCCUCCAAGAAGGCCCUGUCUUGAGGAACCUUCAACUUAUGGUAUUACAGCAAACUGAUGGCCAACCCUUACACCUUCUUGCAACAAUUGGUUCGACUCAUUAUAUUUUUUGCAAGGCUUGGUAGCCCUACAAAAAUAACUGCGUUUAGUGAAGUCUUAUUAGUAUGUUUGAACAUAUGAAAUAUGUUUUGAUUCUUACUCUUAGCGAGACUACUGAUGUAAUUUUGAAUGCACCCAAACACUAGGCUGGAAUUUUGUGUGUUUUUUUUUCUCUCAUACCCUUUGGACAGCAGAUGGAAAAUCAUAAUGAUAUAAGAGAUAAAUGCUACAUGUAAAGGAAUUACAGACUUCUCUGAUGAUUUCAAUGGUGCAAACAAAAUUGUGACUGGGAGGCUCUUAAUACCUUAAUAUCUCGACUUAAGCUGUAAAAAAAAUACUUCGCAAUUAAUUAUACAUAAUUUCUUGUAAGUUUGGUUAUCUGCUAAUGUGGUGUGUCCAACUUGGGAUCGGCAGCCUAGUUCCAUUUGUUCCAAAAGGUAUGCGGAAAGACCAAGAAAAUCCACACACACUCACAUGUCAGCCUAUAUAUGUUUAUAUUCACCCACAGUAGUUGUAGCAUAACUUCAACACUUCCACAUUUUUCAUUUCAUAGGAAGGAAAUGAAAGUAAAGUAGAUUUUAUAACAAUUUUAUGUUGUUUUGGUGUUUUCUUCAAGGACACAAAACUUGAUUGGCCAGCAUUCACAUAAUGCAUGUUCUUUAUAUAAUCUUCAUUGUCUUCCCAAUAGUAAUUGGUUUCAUCAGCCAUGGGAGCACGUAACAGAUAAUAGGAUGUAACAAGUAGAAAAUACCACAAUUAUUAGAUUAUUCACAAUGUUAAAGUUAUUCUGAUGCAUCACUUAUGGAAAAGGAAUGGAGGGCAGCUGUGAGGCUAGGUUAACCCUCACUUAAAACUCUCCCUCAAAUCUUCCAAUAAUUUGAGGAUGCAAGAGAAAGGUGAGCGUGCGAGUGCAAUUUUGCAAUGCCACGAAGGGAUGGGGACACUUUAAUGGCCCCUUAAAAUGUCUGCAAUAAGGGCAUCAGGGUUCUGUGUGGGGAAGUUUGGUAAUUGAGUCACAACAGGUCCUCAAAAUACUGGUUAUAUUUAUCGUUUUGUAUCAUUUAUAUUACUGGUAUUUUAUUUGUGUAACUUAUUUUGAGUUGAAGAUCUCUUAAAUGUUAUGUCAAUUUUAAGAUAAAGUUUCCAGCAUGUCAAAUGAAAUUGAAAUUAAGAAUUACAGAAUCUCAGUGUUUUAUUUUUAAAAAGUAAGUGAAUAUAUCAGUUCUUUUUCUCAGCGCACAAGCAGCAUUUAUAGAUGGUUUCCUUUUUUAUAAUUUAUUUUCACAUAUAUAUAUUUGUGCAUGUAAUCAUAUGUAUUCAUUCUUUACCCAAAAUGUAGAAGACUGUUAUUUAGAUUGAUAUCCAUUUACAUGUCACUUUGUUACACUGCUGAAUAUCAUUAUUAAGAAUUACUACUUAAUUUGUUUAUUAAUGUUUAAGAUGAAAUUUACAUAGAUAUUUCUCCAAAAUUUACAUAGAUAUUUCCCUAAAAUUUACAAAAAUAUUUCCCUAAAAUCAUUAUUUAAUAUAAUACAAAAUAUUUAUCUUUAGUAUUUAUUUUUAAAGUGUUUUAUAAAAUAACUGAUGUAUGUGUCUAUCUUGUUAUAGAUUUUAUAUGGAUUUUUUAUUUAAAAAAAUCUUAUAUCUCUUUGUUUGACAAUUAACAUUUUCAGACUGUCUCAAAGGCACAUCAUUUGUAUUGUAAAUAUGUGUUAGAAUAAGUCUUUUGUGAUAAUCAAAUGUAUUAAAUACCAAAGAUUAAUGUUUGUUUUUCUUACAUGAUAAUGAUAAAGACUGUGAAACCUCAUAGGUACAUAAGUAUAAGAUUUAAAAACUGAAAAAAAAGAAGAAAAAAUAUAAAAAAAAGGAAAAAUUAAAAUGUGGUUUGUCUUCCAAGCAGGUCCGCCUUUCUGGUGUACUUUCAACCACACACUAUUAGCUAUGGUAUAUUCACGCUAUCAUUUUAACACAUCAUAAAUAUCAUAUUGGGUUUAUUGGUUAGUGGCUGUAAACAUAUUUUACAAGUACAUAAAGGAAUUCUGAAUGUUCAUUAAAUAUUGGAAUAAGAUAAAAUUUUAUGGGAUCUAAUAAAGCUUUACUGCAGAUGAUAUAUGUUGAGAAACCAUAUCUUUGGUUGUUGUGAUUGAAAAGAAGUUUUAGUAGUGAGCCUGUUGGUUUAUAAGCAAAAUCAUUCUUUGCUUUAAUUGAUAACUAUAAUUGUUGCAGAAUAUACAUAUCUUUCUCUAAUUUCAUGUAAAUAGUGCAUUGUCUUAGCAUUUUUAAAUGUAAUUAAUUUUUCUGUGAUCCAUUGUGGUUGCUUUGCAUUGUUUUCUUAUGACUGCUUGCUAACAAAGAAUUUAAUUUAACUGUACAAGAACAAACCAAAAGACACAAGUACACUAGAUGAUGCACUUGCAAAUAUGUAAGCAAACAGUUAAGCAUUUCUGUUUACUUAUACAUGAUGUCCUCCAAGAUAGUCCCCAGUCCCAUCCAUUGCUGAGGCAGUCCCCAUUUUUUCUCCAUUUUUGGGACAUCUUUUGUUAAAGUAUGUGACAGCUUUUGUAACUUGGCUGUUAUACUCUCUGAUUUGGUCUAUUUUAAUAUUUAUAUUACUUUUUUAUGCACCAGAAAAGGUCACCAUUUUCAGUUAUGAAACCAAUACACUAUCUCUCAAGGAUGUACUUCUGAGCUGUGAAAACAGAAAUCGGUAUGAACAAUCUUUCUUUUGGAGGCAAGGCUGAUUGAAAUUUUUUUUUCUUAUUUAGUUUUUUAUAAAAAAUCAUUGUCCAUUUUAUCACUUAUUUAGUAUAUGAACUGAGUAGAAUUUUUCUGUAGAAGGGUUGCUACAUAAACACUGGCUACAUAUAAAUCUUUAUUUCCAUCAGUCUUUACAGCUCCACCUCACAACCCAACACAGGGACUAGAGCAAACAUAAGCACUCAGAUGUGAUCAUACCAUGUGUAAUACAACUCCCAAUAAAGCAGUAAUAAACACACACAUCAUUUGAUUAUGCACUGCAGGUUUCUGGUAAUAAUAAACAGGAGUUGUACUAAACAAGACAGGAUCUACAUGGUAUG